UGCUAUCUUUGCACGAGGAGAGGUAGAGGCUAGCAGUGGAGGGCGGCGCAUGAGAGGGAGUUCGUGCCUCACCGCCGUCACCCAAUGGGGCCACGGACUGCGCCGGUCGCCGCCGCGUCGCGUCGAGGAGGAAGGCUGAGACUGAGUGCCGCUGGGAGGGAGGACGACGCGAGCUGGAGGUCUGGUCGCGGUGGUGUUAUGGAGCAGACAGAACCGCGCCACGCUGUUGGGGUUCUCACUGUCGCCGGAAAAGAAUUCAGGCCGCCGCAGGUGUCAUGGUCGGAGAAGGAAGCUGUGCCCCUGUGUCCUGACCGCCGGGAGUGGUUCUGCGACUUCCGGGAUCACCGCCGGAGCUCCGGGCUGAGUUUUUGCCACUUGAGACCCUGCUGCCACCGUGUUCCACCUCCGUUACCGUCACCGGUGUUUUUGCUCGCGAUUGUCACUUGGGGUUACUGACGGAGCCCACUGCCGGUUUGAUAGGGAGCUGCGGCUGCUUCGUUUUGUUAUUUCAGUGAGUAUUUCGAUUUUCGAAAGCCCUGCGUUAGUGCUCUGUUCCGUGUAAUAAAGUAUUUGCGA